UUCCCACGGUGGCACCGGGGACGCGGGGGAUGGCCCGGCCAGGGGACACUCCCACCGGACAUUCCCACGGUGGCCGCAGGAGUUUCCCACGGUGGCCGGGAUGGUGCGGGGGGGUCGCGCUGCGGCCGCGUUGUGCCAUCUGCCUCCAAGCCUCCCAACCCCUCCAGGGGGACACCGAGGACACCCCAAUGCCGUGGCCACCCCCGUCCACUCUGCCGGACACUCCCUUCCCCAGCCGGACACUGGCCGCAAUGGCCGCAGUGGCCGAAGCGCUGCUGACCCCCGGGUACUGGGCGCUGGACUGGCUGCUGGCGCUGCUGGUGCCCACCACGGCACAGCGGGCACGCUGGCGGCGGCACCGGGCCUGGCAAUGCCUGGCCGUGGGUGCCCGGGUGCUGCUGGCACCGGUGCUGGUUCUGGCGCUGGUUCUGGCGCUGGUGCUGGCGCUGCCACCGGCACUGCUGGGGCUGCUGCUGUGGCUCCCGGCGCAGGCCAAGCGCCGGUCAUUUGUCCACCAGCACACGGUCAGCACGGCCACGGCCGAGCCCUGGGACCCGCGGCGAGCGCGCGGCUUCACCUUCCUGACGGCCAACGUGUGCCUGCUGCCCAGCGGGCUGGCGCGCUUCAGCAACCUGAGCGACACGCGGCGCCGGGCGGCGCUCAUCGGGCGGGUGCUGGCGGCCGGAGCGCCCGCGGAGCCGGCCGGACACCGGCGUGGGCUGCUGGAGCCACGGAGGGGCCGCGGGUACGGGGGCACCGCGGCGCGGGGGCACCCGGGUGGGGAUGCCAGGGGGGACGCGUGGAGGGUGGCCGGGCCGGCGGAGAGAGUGGACGGCACGAUGGAAUGGGCGGAGAUGCCGGUGGGCAACCCAACGCCAAUGGGCAACCCAACAUGGAUGACCAACCCAGCUGCAAUGACUGACUCAACAUGGGUGACCAACCCAACAUUUAUGGACAACUCAACAUGGGUGACCAACCCAACAUUGAUGGACAACCCAACAUUGAUGGACAACCCAACAUUGAUGGAUAACUCAACACGGAUGACCAACCCAACUCCAAUGACCAACUCAAGACUGAGGGCCAGCCCAACACCGAUGACCAACCCAACUCCAAUGACCAGCCCAACACCAAUGACCGACUCAACAUGGAUGACCAACCCAACUCCAAUGACCAACCCAACACCAAUGACCAACUCAAGACUGAGGGCCAACCCAACUCCAAUGACCAACCCAACACCAAUGACCGACUCAACAUGGAUGACCAACCCAACUCCAAUGACCAACCCAACACCGAUGACCAACUCAACCUGGACGACCAACCCAACACCAAUGACCAACUCAAGACUGAGGGCCAGCCCAACGCCAAUGACCAACCCAACACCGAUGACCACCCCAACACCGAUGACCACCCCAACCCUGGGAGCCGCUCCAUGCCCAAUGUCCAGCGCGGGGCCGGAGCGGCCGAUCCCGCUGGCCGACCCCAUGCCCCCGGUGCUGAGCGCCCGCAUCCCGCCGGACGUGGACUUCGUGUGCCUGCAGGAGGUGUUUGACGGCGCCGCGGCCGCCGCGCUGCGCCGGCAGCUGGGGCGGCGCUUCCCGCACGUGCUGUGGGGCGUGGGGCCGGGCGGGUGGCGCUGCGGGCGGCUGCGGGCGCUGGGCAGCGGGCUCCUCCUGGGCAGCCGCUUCCCGCUGCUGGCCGCCCGCUUCCUGCCCUUCCCCAACGCCGCCCGCGAGGACGCGCUGGCCAACAAGGGGCUGCUGGUGGCACAGGUGCUGUUGGGGAUGGGGAGAGGCCGGCGCGUCGUGGGGUACCUGGGCUGCACCCACCUGCAGGCGCCCGCGGCCGAUGCCACCAUCCGUGACCAGCAGCUGUCCUGCGUGCUCCAGUGGCUCCGGGAGUUCCGGGAUGGCCAGCACCGGCCUGGGGACCUGGUGGCCUUCGAUGUCCUCUGCGGGGACCUCAACUUCGACAACUGCUCCCGCGGUGACAGCCAGAACCGGCGGCACGCCCUGUUCAAGGAGUUCUGGGACCCGGCAUGCCGCGACUCGGGCCAGGAGCAGCCCUGGGCCAUCGGACACUGUUCCCAUGUCCCCCCUGUCCCUCAGGACACUGUCCCCAUGUCCCUCAGGACACUGUCCGAGCCGUGGGGACGCGAGCGGUUCCUGGCCGGUCCCAUCCUGUCCUGCGGGGCCCUGGACCCGACGGCCCCGCGGCCGUGGCAGGGCCGGAGAGUGGACAGAGCGCUGCUGAGGAGGGGGCCCACGCUGACCACUGAGGUCAUCGGGUACUCGGUCAUCACCCAGCUGGCCACAAUGUCUGACCACCUGCCCGUGGCCCUGCGGCUGCGCCUGGGGCCCGCUGACCUCUGACCCCGGCACGGACACAGCGCUGGACACCGGGGUGGACACCAGGAGGGACACCGGGAUGGACACAGGGAUGGACACCGGGGUGGACACCAGGAGGGACACCGGGAUGGACACAGCUCAGAGCUGAGAGUGUGGCCACACUCUGGACACCAGGCUGGACACAGGGCUGGACAUGGGGAUGGACACUGGGAUGGACACGGGGCUGGACACAGGGAUGGACACUGGGAUGGACACGGGGCUGGACACCGGGAUGGAC